AUGAGACUUUGGUUAUUAGCAUUUAUCUUGGGACUUUUAUGCCAUUCGACAAAUGCUUCAUCCUUAUCAAUUGAGGAAGUAUCACAGUAUAGAGAUCAAGAUGGUAUAGUUAUAGUCAACGAUGAUAAUUAUGAGCGUUUCGGUAAGGGACUACGAGAGUUUUAUUCCGUGGUAUUCAUAACAAGCGACAAACCAAACAGCGGCGGAGAGACCUGCGAUCUCUGUAAAGAAUUCGAACCAAAUAUGAGAUCUGUAUCAAGGUCUAUUUUAAAUCAACUUCCAAAGGAUCAAAGUGACAGAAUAGUCUUUUUCAAAGUCGAUUUGGCCUACAAUCCUAUUUUUUUAAAGGAAUUCCAAGUCACCAAGAUACCGUUCUGUUUAGUAUAUCCACCACAACUGGAAGUGGGAGCAGACGGUCAAGAUUUUGGAUGGAAGCACAGCGUUUUCUAUCAAUAUGUUAUCAGAAAAGAGAAUAUGAAGCAGCCUAUUCAUUUUGGUGAUUUUUUGGCAAAGAUAUUGAACGUUUUCAUAUCAAUUGAUGAAAGAUUCGAAUACGACAAGUUCAUACAGGCAUUUUGUUUGUUUGUGGUCGUGUUUGUGGUUUUCAAAAAGAAAAUCUUGCCAUUGAUUGAAAACAAACCUCGAUUCUUUCUAGGAUGUGCUUCCAUCGCAAUCAUAAUGAUUUCUAUCUCCGGCUACAAUUUUACUUCCAUCAAACAUAUUCCUUUUAUUGCACAAGAUGAUAAGGGACAAAUAAUGUGGUUUAGCGGCGGUUCGCAUUAUCAAUUUGGAAUCGAAGUGCUGACAAUAUCCUUACUUUAUACUGUUCUAGGAGGACUCACUGUCGCUUUGUGCAUGGUACAGUUCAGUAAACGGCUAAAGAAGGUUCAAAAAUGUGUACUUGUCAUGAUAAUUGCGGCAUCAUUGUUUUACAUUUACAUGUACUUCUUAUCCAUUAUCAAAAUUAAAUAUCCAGGUUAUCCAUAUGGAUUGUUAUAA